UCCUCCUCCUCCUCCUCUUCCUCUUAGCCUUUGGUGGCGAGGAGGGAGGAGUGCGGUGGCCUCCUGUGGCCCCGAUGCAGCUUCCCCCGGAGCCCCAGCCGCCACAGGGCAGUGAUGUCCAGCUCAACGGGACCCUUCCGGAGGGGCACCCCUCGCCUUCUUCCAUCGUCCAGACCCAUGCCGCGACCCCUGCGACCCCUCAAGCCAUUCCGGCCAGAGAGACGUGGGGCGGCCGGUAUGAAUUCCUGCUCUCCUGCCUGGGAUACUGCGUGGGGCUGGGCAACGUCUGGCGCUUCCCCUACCUCUGCUACCGCAACGGAGGAGGGGUGUUCCUGAUCCCCUACUCCAUCAUGCUCCUCUUCGUCGGGCUGCCCCUCUUCCUAAUGGAGCUCAGCCUGGGCCAAUACGGUGCCGCCGGACCCAUAACCGUCUGGAAGUGCUGCCCCCUCCUCAAAGGGAUCGGGAUCGGGAUGCUGCUGGUGUCGGCUUUGGUCUCGCUCUACUACAACGUCAUCAUCGCCUGGACCUUCUACUACUUGGCCAUGUCCCUCCAGACCCCCCUGCCUUGGUCUUGCCAGGCCCCCCUGAACGCCCCCCUCUGCUGGACACAGAACGGCUCCUUGGCCAACGUCUCCCGGAUCAGCGCCAGCGAAGCCUUCUGGAAUGACCAGGUCCUGGGGGUGACGUCCAGCUCCGGCCUGGGGGACCCUGGCCCCGUGCGGUGGCCCCUGGCCCUCUGCCUGCUCCUGGCCUGGGCCCUCCUCUUCCUCUGCACCUGGAAGGGCAUCCACAGCUCAGGAAAGGUCGUCUACGUCACGGCCACCUUCCCCUACCUGGUCAUCCUGGUGCUGAUCAUCCGAGGGGCCACGCUGGAGGGGUCUCUGGAGGGUGUCCGCUUCUACCUCUCCGCCGACUGGAGCCGCCUGGGCAGCGCGCAGGUCUGGAAUGACGCGGCCUCCCAGAUCUUCUACUCGCUGGGCAUCGGCUUCGGGGGCCUCCUCUCCAUGGCCUCCUACAACAAGUUCCACAACAACGUCAUCAGGGACACGUUGGUCAUCGCCAUCGGGAACUGCACCACCAGCUUCUUUGCCGGCUUCGCCAUCUUCUCCAUCCUGGGCCACAUGGCCUGGCGGAAGAAGGUGCCGGUGGGGCAGGUGGCCGACUCAGGUCCCGGCUUGGCCUUCGUGGCUUACCCAGAAGCCCUUGCGUUGCUGCCCGGCUCGGCCUUCUGGUCCGUUCUCUUCUUCCUGAUGCUCUUCACCCUUGGAGUGGACACUUUGUUUGGCAACAUGGAGGGCAUCUCCACGGCUUUGAUGGACGAGUUCCCUUCGCUGCGGGAGAGGAAGAAGAAGGCCCUCUUCCUGGCCCUCCUCUGCGCUGCCUUCUACCUCCUGGGCCUCCUCCUGAUCACAGAGGGCGGCAUUUACUGGUUCACCCUCAUUGACGCCUACAGCACGAGCUUCGGCCUCAUCAUCAUCGCCCUCUUCAUGUGCCUCGGCAUGGCCUUCUUUUACGGGGUAAACCAGUUCUGCCGGGACAUUGUGGACAUGAUCAGCCGUUGCCCUCCCUGGUGCAGCCAGAUGGUGCUCUACUUCAAGGCCUGCUGGGUGGUCUUCACUCCGGGGCUCCUCCUGUUCACCCUCUUCUACAUCUUCCUGGACCUCUCCAGCACCACCCUGCACUACGGGACCUACGCCUUCCCUGCCUGGGGGGAGGCCCUGGGGGUCUGCAUGGGGGUCCUGACCUGCGCCCAGAUCCCCCUCUGGGCCGCCAUCGCCUUGUGCAAGGAAACCGGGACGCUGGCUGAUCGCUUCCGGAAGGCCAUCUGCCCGCUCAACUCCUGGCGCAUGGCCACGGGCCGGGAGAUUUCCCAGGCGGUCAUUGAGGUCCCUUACACGGUCAACCUGACGGACCAUGACUUCAGCGAGGCCUGACUCCGAAGGCGGAGGGACAGGGGAUGGACGAGCAAUGGACUUUGGCCCUCCUGGUUUCUUUGCUGCUGCUGGCAGCCGCUUCCGAGGGAUAGGAGAAGCCUGGCUCUGCUGCCGGAAGCCGCUUCAGUGGGACAGAAGUCCAGAGAAGGUUGGAGUCUCCCAGGAACCUUCAUCAGGAGGUUGGUUGGAUGCGCCGGAGGAGGCGUCUCCGUCGAGGCCUUGGCUCCCCCAAAUCCUCCAACACAAGACCACCACCCGACACAGCCAACACCCCAUUCCCUUGCCAGCAGAAAAGGACUCCAAGCCACAGCUGAAGCUUUUGUGAUGCAAGGUAUCUUCUAGAAACCAAUGUCCUUACUGCAAAAGAACCUGAGGAUCCAGAAUAAGUCUCUACAGUCACUUACGGACCCACUGCCAAGACCCUACACUUGGAAGGCAGUCAGACUCGGACAUGAGGGAUUGCUGAUGAGGAUGCGAAUGAUCUUGAUAAAGGGGAAUCAUCAUGGAACAAUCCUAUUCAUACGUGUGAAUUUUAUAAGGUAGAUAAAAAAGGAAUAUUGAGACAGGAGGGAAGAAUUGGAGGGUCUGUGGAGAUCUAAAGCUCACUCUGCCAAUCUCUGCUACACAGAACAGAGCACAGCAGGAGUCAUAGACAGAUACUGGAGAAAGGUGGGAUUAGGUAAAAGGGUUCAAAAGGACUUUUUGACAUGAUAUGAAGGGAGAGUGCAAGAAGAGAGGGGAGAAUGGUUGUGAUUAAGAGGCGGCAAUAGAAGUGUAAAUGGGGAAAAGGUUUGUGUACUCGUGUAUUUGUUUUGGACUAUAAAGUACCGAGCUGCACCUCA